UUUUAUUGGUCGUUCGGAGUGCACAGGCGCUCCCCUGACUGGCCGGCGUUCUAUCUGUCUCCAUUCAAGGUCCACCUCCUGCCUCCCUCCGUUUUGGAUAGACCAUGGCCUUGAGAGCUUGUGGCUUGAUCAUCUUCCGAAGACGCCUUAUUCCCAAAGUGGAUAACAGUACAAUUGAAUUUCUACUGCUGCAGGCAUCAGAUGGCAUUCAUCACUGGACUCCUCCCAAAGGCCAUGUGGACCCGGGAGAGAAUGACUUGGAAACAGCCCUAAGGGAGACUCAAGAAGAAGCAGGUAUAGAAGCAGGCCAGCUGACCAUCAUUGAAGGGUUCAGAAGGGAACUCAAUUAUGUGGCUAGGGAGAAACCUAAAACAGUCAUUUACUGGCUGGCAGAAGUGAAAGACUACAACGUGGAGAUCCGCCUCUCCCAUGAGCACCAAGCCUACCGCUGGCUGGGGCUGGAUGAGGCCUGCCAGUUGGCUCAGUUCAAGGAGAUGAAGGCAGCACUCCAAGAAGGACACCAGUUUCUCUGCUCCACAGCAGCCUAAACUGACUGGAGCAGUCAUUUGCUUCCAUGGCGUCCUGCAAGGCCUGCUGAAGAGAACCCAUCCUCUAGCCUGAGGAAAGAUAUUCUGGUCUUGGGUUUAUUAUAUCCAAGAGCAGAUAGGUUAGUAAACUUGCUUCAAUACUCAGAUGAGAAGAAGCAAAAAGUUCAGCUGAGUGAAAAAGCAAAGGAGGAGUAAAAUGGAAAAAGGUACCCCCUCUGUACCUCUUUAUAAUAACAAUAAAAAUUAAAAUUAAAACAAUUUUUGAAAAAGGU